AGAGAUGAGAGAGCUGACAGCUCCUGGCCUCAGCGGCUCCCUCAGCGGGCGCGCCCGAUCUUCUGCGCCCCGCCUGCCCCGGGAUCAAAGAUGAUGAUUCCAUCAGGAGAGUGUACAUAUGCCGGUAGGAAAAGAAGGAAACCCAUUCAGAAGCGGAGGCUUACCAUGGGAGCUGAGAAAUCAAAUCCUUCCAAACGGCACCGGGAUCGCCUCAAUACAGAGCUGGACCACCUGGCUAGCCUGCUGCCAUUUUCACCUGACAUCAUCUCCAAGCUGGACAAGCUUUCUGUCCUGCGUCUCAGCGUUAGUUACCUCAGGGUGAAGAGCUUCUUCCAAGCCUUGCAGGAGACAUGUGUGUGGUCAGCUCCAGCCUUGUCACCUGAAGACCACUCACACAGAGGGUUCCCUGUGCAGGAAGGACGGCUGCUGCUGGAGUCUCUCAAUGGCUUUGCUCUGGUGGUGAGUGCUGAAGGGAUGAUCUUUUAUGCAUCUGCAACAAUUGUGGACUAUCUGGGCUUCCAUCAGACAGACGUAAUGCAUCAAAACAUUUAUGACUACAUCCAUGUGGAUGACCGGCAGGACUUCUGCAGACAGCUACACUGGGCCAUGGACCCUCCUCAGGUGGUGUUUGGGCAGUCCCCACAUGCUGACACAGACAAUGCUGUCCUGGGGAAGCUGCUCAGGGCCCAAGCGGGGGGCAAGGGCUUGCCCUCAGAGUACUCAGCCUUCCUGACACGCUCCUUCAUUUGUCGUGUUCGCUGCCUGCUGGACAGCACCUCUGGCUUUCUGACUAUGCAGUUCCAAGGAAAACUAAAAUUCCUGUUUGGACAGAAGAAGAAGACACCCUCAGGAACAGCCCUGCCUCCUCGGCUCUCAUUGUUCUGCAUUGUGGCGCCAGUCCUGCCUUCUGUGACUGAGAUGAAAAUGAAAAGCACAUUCUUGAAGGCGAAGCACAGGGCAGACAUUGUGGUUACGAUGGACUCAAGGGCAAAAGCUGUUACAAGUCUAUGUGAAUCAGAAUUGCACCCCAAACUCAAUUACUUAGCAGGAAGGAACAAUGGAGAAAAUGGCAUUUCACUGUUUAGGGGACAAACAGAUAGGAGCCACUGGGCCCGGGCUCUAGCCAGGUCUUCAUGUCUGUGCCUCAGGGGUGAUCCAGACCUGCUGGACCCCAAGGGGGCUUCAGGGGACCCAGAAGAGGAGGACCAGAAGCACAUACUGAGGAGAUCCCCUGGCGCCCGGGGGCAGAGGGAGAUGCAUAAGUACAGUUAUGGUUUGGAGACACCAGUACACUUGAGACACCUGAACUGGAGCACAGAACAACGAAGUCAGGAGGGCACUACCAAGCUGACUCGGCAGCCCAGUAAGAAUGAGCCAUCAACAUGUCUGGUGCCCCAUGGUUCCUGUGUGCCCUACCCUGGAAGCCAGGGCAUGUUCAAUGCCAGCAACAUGGCUUCUUUCAGAGACUCACUAGACCAUCCCACUGGUGUAUACUGCAGUCAGAUGAAUAGACCCUUGCCGGAUAUCCACCAGGGCCAGAUGGAUCCUGCCGCCUGCCAUAUCCCCCAGGGCAGUCUGGGAUCUAGGAUCCCCCUGCCUGGAAUGCAGCGCUUCACAGCUAGGGGAUUUUCUACAGAGGAUACAAAGUUGUCUGGCCUGCCAGUGACCAUAGGCACCCCAUGCAACCCAGUAUUGUCACUGGAAGUGCCAAUCAAGAUGGAGAAUGAAUCUGGGUCCCAGGAUAUAGUUGAAGCCAGCACAACUAGCUGUGUGUGGCUGGGAACCACUGACAUGGCCAGAAGACAUCUGGUUGGUUUCCCUGCCAGGAUGCACCUGAAAACAGAGCCCGACUAUAGGCAGCAGGUCUGUACCCCACACCUUGGGCAUGGUAUGCUGGGAACUAAUCCCCACAGCAGAGAUACUAUUGGAUCCUGUAGGGAGCAUGCUCCUCUUUACUCUGCACAUUGCACCUGCCUGGAUCCAGGGCCUCCUCAUCACCUCUUCAUGUGUAGCCACAGUGAGAGCCAGCACCCCUCAUUGGACCAAGACUGCAGAGCUCCUAUUGUUAAGCGUGAGCCUCUGGACUCACCAUCGUGGGCUGCUCCUGGUCAGGUGACUGUGCCCAGGAUGCUCCCUAAGAGUGCCUCUAUAACUGUGAUCCCAUCCAAAGGCUCUGAUGGGAUUUUCCUACCCUAAAGUUGAUGCUCUGCUGGAAAUUCAGACCUUGGAUAACGGGGAACACGAUCAGAGGUUCUUACAGUGACACUCUUUACAGAACUCAGUGGGUGAAGCUGAGAUUCCCUGCGUGUAGCCUAGCAGUAGAGCAUUCUGAACCACAUAGAACAUCAGAGGAUUCUCAUGCAUAAACCUCAACCUGUUCAAGUGGACAGCAUUUCACUUUGAGAAAUUAAAAUGUUUGGGGAAGUAGCUAGCAGUAUUCUAUGCUGGGCAGGGCUCAACUGAUUGUCAAAGUGAUAUUAUGUUCCUGGUGCCCAAGCUUGAUGCACCUCCUGCCUGUAUGCAGCAGGAGUUCAGAGGCAUUUAAUCAGGAACUGAGGCUGUACUUGUAGUCAGGGAAACACCAUGGUUUUUUGGUGGGUUGCUGAGUAUGGUUUAUGUACCUGUAUCCCUGAGUACAUCAUAUGGUAGAGGCCAGGAACUAGGAAAGCACAGCACACAGAAAAGGGUGAAGCCAUACUGAGGAAGAAGCAUUGCCCUGGCUAUUGUCUACAGGGCUUCAAGUAAGGGCAACAGUUCCUAGCCCAGGGAGACUUAGGGACAAAAAGGCAGCCACUAUUUGUUUUGAAUUGUAAAGACAAUGCACUCUAAUUGUAGGAAAUGUGGAUAUCGUGUAUAAAACAGAAAGGAAGAGUCACCAGGAACUGCUGGCAAAAUGACUAUGGCUGGGGGUGCAGUUGAGAAUGUUCCAAGGAAGGGCUUAGACCAGAAAUCCUGCUCCAUUAGCACAGGAUCCACUGAACAGGAAAAAGCCUGUUGGGCUCUGCCUGUCUGUUUGGUUCAAAGUCUUUCUCAGGGAUGAACAUCCAUCUCUGAUGCUACUUCCCCUGAGGUCUUAGGAAUGGCAGGAGUUUGCUGGAAAGGCCUUGUGGCUAGUUCUACUAGGUAGUCUCUUCAGCAUCGAUUUUCUUUCCUUUACCUAUGGUUCCAGGGUACCAUUGCUUAGCCAAUAGCUUAGUCAAAGAAGCUGUCUGGCAAUGCCUAUCAACUUAUCAGAAUCAAGAUGGUUGAGCAGAACUAGGUCUUCGGCCCAGCUUUUGAGCUGUUUGGCUCUCAAGAAGACUUAGCGUGGGACCAGGAUACAACUGAAGAUCUCAUAGAACUGAGAAUACUCAGUGUGAGAGCCCAGGGCCUUGAGCUCUCUCUGUCCUUAGCUCACAGAGGAUUUUCAAAGGGCAGGAGUUGUGCUGUCAUAGAUGUAAGGCAUGCUUAGACCUCCACUCCAGCUUUCCCAUUACCUAAAGUCUGAAGCCAGGAUGGUGUCCCAGCUCUUCCCCCUGUGCCCAGCCACUGGUCUUCCUCCUUUCCUCAAACUGCACCAGUUUAUACACUGCUUAUACAUUUUGCCAAGCAUAUCAUACCUGUGGUAUUAAUGAAUAACAGAUAGAAUUUGAGUCUUCCUCAGCACUUCCUGUUCUAGACACAUGUCCAGCUCCUAAGGGCAGGACAUGCUCACACUACUCAAGUGUCUUCCAAUCUAGUAUUUCUCUCUGAAAGUACUUAGUUACAUUCCCAUUCUAAGCUAUAUUCAUCAUCCUAUACAUGUCCUAUACAAGGAGCAGAGAACACAGUAGACUGUUAUGUUCCAAUAUAUACAACAUUUACCAAGUGUCCUGGAGCCAGUGAAAGAAACCUAGGGAAAGGGACUAUGAAGAUGGACUUCAGAGACAUAAUUAGACAUGGUGGCAUGCAUUCCAGCACUUGAGAGAUUGAAGCAGAAGAUAAGCAGUUCAAGCCUACAUCAGACCUUGUCUCAAAAUAAAACAAAAUACUACAUACUUACCAAUUUUGGCCAGAUCCCCAUCCCCUUGCUAUGUAAUCAAAGAAGAGCUGUGUCCCCAGUGAAGUCCAUAUGUCCUCUGCCCAGGUACUCUGAACCUUUCAGAUGUACCUCAUCUGCACUCCUGCCGGGAUGACUUACCAAACAUGGAGUGUGGGCAGCUAAACCGGGACCUGGGCUUCCCUGAAGGUCAGGCUUUGUGGACACGGAGUUCUGCACUUGGUUGUCAUUUUAGCAGAUUUUGUGUUUUGGGGGCACCACAUCACAUGGCAAGCUUGUGAUGGUGUCUCCCAAACCUGCACAUUUGCUCACUCACCACAAAUCUCCAGUCCAGCUUGCACAGGAAGUGGACAGAGGUUGUUCCUCUUUUAGCAUUUCACCAUAUACACUAACUACAGGUUCAUGUUUUUUGUGAUAGCUAGCUUUUGCCUAUAUGGCUAAAAAAUAUCAAAUUCCUGAGGAGGAAUAAAUACAAAGUGCCCUUAUAUUUGCAGUUUCUACUGGGGAAAGUCCUCAAGAACUUUAAGCAUGCACCACAGUGCAGCUGUCUGUGCUAUUUUCCUGGUGCUCUGUUUUAACAGAGAAUCCAAAAUGCAUUUCUCAUGUGGUGAUUUGUACUACAUUUGCAAAACUUAUGUAAAAUAAAUCUCAUGUUUCCA